CCUUGUUUCGGGGCAGAUCCGCAGCAGCAGCGCCUCCGGUCGCUCCGGUGACACUCGUCGUUGCCUCGGAUCCAGCGGCAGCUCCGGUCGGCUCGGGCCCGUGUGUGUUGCCCUCAGGUCGGCGCUUUACCCUCCGGUGGUGGACAGUAUGGAGGCCGCGGAUCCCCGGUCCUCGAGUGAUGGCGGGCCGGCCAGCAGAGCAGGAUUCUCGGCCGGGGAGAGCAGCGGCGGCGGCGGCGGUGGAGGAGGCGGCGGAGAGGGAGCUAGCAGCAGCGGGGAAGGAGAGGGGAACCAGGCCACCUUCGAGUGCAACAUAUGUCUGGACACCGCCCGGGACGCUGUCAUCAGCAUGUGCGGCCACUUGUUCUGCUGGCACUGUCUUCAUCAAUGGCUGGAGACAAGGCCCAACAGGCAGCAGUGUCCUGUGUGUAAAGCCGGUAUCAGCAGAGAGAAAGUGAUCCCGCUGUACGGCAGAGGGAGCUCCAGCCAGGAGGACCCCAGGUUGAAAACUCCACCUCGGCCUCAGGGACAGAGAACAGAGCCAGAGAGCAGAGGGGGGAUGUUCCAGGGGUUCGGGGACACUGGCUUUCACAUGUCGUUUGGCAUUGGUGCUUUCCCCUUUGGCUUCUUCACCACAGUCUUCAACACCAACGACCCCUUUCAGAGAGCAGAUCCGUAUACAGGUGAACAGCCGGCAAAUCCGAACCUCAACAACGGCAAUAACAACUGGCAAGACUCCCUCUUCUUGUUCGUGGCCAUCUUCUUCUUCUUCUGGCUGCUGAGCGUGUGAUGGAGAGAGGAUGGAUGGACAGAAGAGUGGAUCAAUGGGAGGGAGGAGUGCAAAAAUGACAAAACACACACUUAGCUUGAACCACAGACACACACACACACACUUGUGUUACAUUUUCUAGCAGGUGUUGAACUUGGAGGAGAGUGUAGCAGUGUGUUUGAUCCCAAAAUGAGACGACAACUACGGGAAAUUAGUUUUUCUCCUCCUGGAAAAGGUGAAUUUGUUUAAGGAGCUCGGCCCCAACCACCUGCUUCUUAUAUCGUUUAUGCAAGAAAGCCCAAAUCAUCAUGUGAGCUCUCUCCACACACACCUGUAGAGAUAUGCACACAGAACAGUACACAACACUAAGUUGGACACUAAGGGACAGUAUUACGUGACCAGAGUGGGUUAUGGAAAGUUUUUUUGAGUGUGUGUGUUAAACUCACACAGGUGGGGGGGGAUGAAGGAAAAGUAAAGUUAGUGAUUCAUUGUUUUGGUUCAAAUCCCAUUAACACCAAGAGGGAGGCAUGUUUUGGAAAGUUUCAGUCAAAGGGGGGGACCAGAGGGGGGGGAAUGAGAACGCAUCGUUGUUGCUAUAGCAACCGUUUCUCACUCCCUAAAAGGCCAAAGAGUCGCGCAUCAGUCGCACACGAUGUCAGAGGGUGAAAAGUGUAAUUGGAUCAUGAGGUGAACAAGUUCUAGCAUUUGCAACCUGCUCUUAAAAAAAUCAUGCUGACAAGAAAUAGCACAGAUGGAUGGAUGCAUUUUUAUAUACUUAUGUCUUAACAAAAAACAAAUAUAACUGCCAUUGCACUGUGAAGUCAUUUGUAGUUGGAGCUGUCUUAAAGUUCGGGAGUGCUGGUGCUCGACCACGUGUUGCUCCUCUCCCCACAGAGCUGUGCGCACAUGGGUGUGUUUACCGACCGAGGGCCAGUCUGGGAGAUUUUUUUUUAUUUAAAUUUUUUUGCAUCUAUUUGAGCGACUUUAAAACAAAUCUGACAGGAGAGAAAAGCAGUGGAUCGUGAAGUAGUUUGAUGAGAAGCUGCAGAUGUCGGCAAGAAGAAGAAGAAGAGUCAGUGUGAGAAGUAGGGAGAAACCAUUUGAGUCGUGGAGGUGAAAGAGCAACAGUUAACUGAGCCCCAGUGUGAUUCUAAUAUGUCAAACACUUCUGUCACACUUAGUUAUUAUGAUUUUCUCUGACUGUAUGUGUCCGAGUGAGUAUGUGUACAUUAUAUAUUUGUAUAUAUGAAUAUUGUAAAUGCUGUUUUUACGUGUUUUGACUGGACGACCAGCCACGGAGGGCGAGUAGGUCUCAAGAUGCUUUUGUAAAGCGAGAAAUCAUCGGGUUCCUGAUUUCCAUAACUCCUGUGUUUUAUUGGAAAAUAAAAUGAAAAAAGUUAAAAACCUGUUCUCUCAAAAUGUUAAAUAAAUGUUAAUGAC